AUGUUAAAAUUUCGUAUCGCGUGCUGCGUUAUGUUCGCAGUCCUGCAGCGAUGCGCUGAGAGUCAGCAAGAUGUAAUUAUCGAGGAAUCCGCAUCCAUAGAGUCUGUCCACGCAGCGUUGGGGCGGGCGGCAGAGUUGCCUUGUGACGUCACACCUGCGUUAGCGCACGAUAGCGUGGCUCUGGUUAUUUGGUAUAAGCAAGGACACAACACACCUGUAUAUACUUUCGACACGCGAGAUGGCGUGGACACACAUUGGUCUGACCCCGCAACGCUCGGGGCGAGGGCUUCCUUCCGAACUAGUACCACCCCAGCUCUGCUGGUACUUACUAAGAUAAGGCCCGAAGACAGCGGACAGUACCGAUGUAGAGUGGACUUCAUAAAAUCGCCGACAAAGAACACUAGGCUCAACCUCACUGUCUUGAUACCUCCAGAACGACUAGUGAUACUGGAUCAAGAUGGAGAAGAGUUUCGGGGCAACGCUAUGGGGCCAUUCGAUGAAGGGACCAGGGUCAAUCUCACUUGUGUUGCUAUUGGAGGCCGUCCAGCAGCAAGGGUAUCCUGGUGGCAGUCUCAUGCUCUACUAGCCAAUUCGGAGUCACGAGCAUCUGUCUCUUUCACACUGCAGCGGGAUUUGUAUCCUGCUACCCUUACUUGUCAGGCCGUCACUGACCCAUCUAUAACGCCGCUUUCAGAGAACGUCACUAUCGACAUGAAUCUCUACCCUCUAUGGGUACGAAUUAUCGGUGGAGCAAGACCGUUAGUUGCUGGACGAGGAGUAGAACUGGUCUGCCAAGCUGUUGGGGCCCGACCACACCCAACAAUGUCCUGGUGGAAAGGCGCCACGAGACUUCACACAAUACGAGAAAAGGUAUCCCCUGAUGGCAAUGUUACAAGCAGCAUUCUGACCAUAGUGCCAACCGUAGAAGACGCCGGCAGGGUGAUCUCCUGCAGAUCAGUCCAGCAGAACUUAAAGCAUUCCGUCCGUGAAGAUGGAUGGCAGAUGGAUAUACAACAUGUGCCGAUCCCAAAACUAAAGUUGGGUGCCAAUCUAGACCCUGAUAACAUAAUGGAGGGAUCUGACGUCUACCUCGAGUGUAGUGUUCGAGCGAAUCCACCACACGAACACGUCUAUUUUACUUACAAUGGGGUGGUUGUAAAAGGCAGCGGCGGAGUACUAGUGUCGCGUCAAAGCCUAGUUCUACAGCGUGUUUCUAGACAACGCGCCGGCGCAUACGUUUGUGUUUCCCGCAAUUCGCUAGGAGAGGGCAGCAGUGACCCAUUGCAUCUUGAUGUUAAAUUUAGUCCGGUGUGCUCAAAGCGAGAAGGCACUGCGCUACGAGCGGCCCGAGGCGAAACUGUCACAAUACAAUGCGACGUGGACGCUAAUCCUAUGCCGUCGUCAUUUCGAUGGUGGUUCAACAGUUCAACUUACAGCGAACGAGAACUCAGCAGUAGCACUGGAAAUUCAUACCGCUACAGAGUAAAUAGCUCAUCGGAGUAUGGCUGGGUACAAUGUUCGGGGACCAAUUCGGUGGGACGACAGACCGAGCCGUGCUUGUUCCAUAUCUUACCAGCCGACAGACCAUCUGCAGUCCAGAGUUGUGAUAUUAACAAUGUGACCCACGACUGUUUUAUGAUCGACUGCUCGCCGGGUUACGACGGGGGCCUGUCGCAGGAGUUUUUAUUACAGGUCUACGUCGUAGAGAACGGUGCCCUAAUCGCGAACAGAACGGGCCUCGCCGGACAAUGGAGAGUUUGCAAUGUAUCGGGCGCGGAAUCGGUCCGUGUGUCCGUCUACGCAUACAAUAGGGUGGGGUUGAGCGAACCCCACACAGUCACCGUGGGCCUGCUCGAACACCCGCAGCGGCAUACGGGUGUAUCAGCCGUCAGUGUCCAGUUAUCGGCUGUGUUGGUGUCGGUACUGUGUGCUGUCAGUGUUCUAGUCUGUAUCGGAACUUUGGCGACAUUUGUGCUUUGCUAUCGACACUGCCAACCGAGACGUGGAGAAAAACCGGAAAAGGCGAAAGGCCGCGACGAAUCGACCAAGGACCUACUCGAAGACAAAAGCGAGGCAAAAGACGAAAAACACUCGGAUACUAACCCCGAUAUAAUCCCAGUUGAAACGAAACAGAGUAUAUCAGUGACAGAGACGGCGCAACCGUUGUUGUCUCACUCGCACGGCCAUUGUUGUGAUAGAUCUAUCUGCGACCAGUACGUAGUUAGGCCUUUACAGUACCACGUUCAUCCGUACAAUAUAGAUGCGAACUCACCAAGUUUGAGCUUAGAGCCAUUGGACUUGAGCUAUUUGCCAUCGGAGUAUCGACUGCCACAUGAUAAGGUCUAUGAAGAUUGGCUUAGGUACAAGAACGCCUUGCCUAUGGAUACCAGCAACUUGCUCCCGCCGCACCAAAUGGUUCCUCAGCCACACACAAUCUACAGUAGCAUCAAACGGAACCCACUGAAGCUUGUGAAGAUGCCGGAACUGGACCCUUGUCGGCUUGAAGUCCCGAAUUAUCCACGAUAUUCCCCAUCCCUCCAGUUGAACCCGGAAAACAACACGGCGAGAUUCAACAACGCACAAAUUAAUGAAACUUUGGGCAGUUUGAACGAACAUGAACGCCCACAACAGAACCAACCAGAAACAGCGAAUACUACACACACACAGCGAUGA